AGAACAACCAACGUCUGUCCCCAGCUGGAAGGAACCGGUGGCUGAAAAUGAAACAGCGUCCUUCUUCCUUCCCUUUGAUCUUCACUCUUUACUGCUUCUGUGCUCUACAGUUCACCUCAGGGUUUCCUCAGCCUGUCUCCCGUUCUAUGGAUGCUCCAGACGUUCCUAAAAGCGAGCUGGCACUGUGUUUCAGUCAGUGGACAGAACUGUCUAAUCAACCCCAGAUCUCCAGUAAAGUAAUGGAUCUUUGUAACGCUAUUUUUAAUAGCAUGCAGAUAGAGGAGGAAAACAACAAGGACAUAUAUAAAAGAUUUUUAUUUCACUACUCCAGAGUUCAAGAACCAACAUAUCCACUUAAAACUGGGUCUUCCCCUGUGCAUCCUUUAAUACGCCUUGCUUCAAAGCUCUCUGAGAGAAGAAUGAAAAGAUUCCUAGAUCCAGAAUCACAGAUUGCUGCUGCAGAGUUUACAAAGAAGGAUAGUGCUGGUACCAUGGGACGGCCUUUUUUUCUUUUCAGGCCUAGAAAUGGAAGAACUAUCGAAGAUGGUGGUGAGUAG